GCAACUGGGGACCAGCGGCAUUGAGUGAAUGCACUCGUGCGCGGAUCCAGAUUUCUUUCCACGAAAGAUUUCUAUGCGCGAGCUUCUUCGUUCCCGCAAUAAUCCAACUGUCAGCCGACCGACGGUACAUCGUGUGUGAUCUACAUUUGUUUUACUGUCGCAAGCGGAAUUUUUACAGAUGCUUACAGUGUGAUUUUCAGAAUCUUUGUCGUGAAAGUAUAUUUCCUUGUUUUACCAAAGUGUCGUUAGUGCAAACAAAAAGUUCCUGUUUAGUUUUAUCGUAUGGCAAUAGAUCCAUAAAUACGACGAUCUCUUCUACCGAGCGCGUGUGGCAGCGCUCAUCAGUCAUUGACGUACGGCGAUUCGAGCUCCAGUGUCCUGACACAUCGUACCGGCGCUUGCGUAGCUCAAUCAAUCGGAAGAUUUUCUUCUGCAAAGAUUCAACGGCUACUACCGAGGUGUGCGUGUACCGACGAAGAAGAAAAAGUGUUGGUGCCACCCAGCUUUACGCACCGCUGGCCGCCAGCUGGGCGUGUAGUUCUUAACAGCAGCACGAGCACGUUGAUUGCUUCCUUAAUGAUAGUGUUUGAUGGUGGCAAUUUUGUUGUUUAUGUUAAUUAAUUUAAUUUCAUCAAAGACCGAUCUCUUGAACGAACGGCUAACCAGGAAUGAUAUGCUGAGAGUGGAACAGAUGUUACAGAGAAGUGUCCCGCGUCACCAUCACAAGAAAGUGAUUCUACCUUUUCCAAAGCUACCGCGCCCUUUGAGCUGAUCGUUGUCAGACCGUUGAAGUGUAUUUCGGUGUGCAUUAAUGCGUGCAAUUCCAGAUGAUAGUGAUCAGUGUAGUCGAUAAUAGCAUCCUUCCACAUUGAUACUACCACGCUAAUGAAAAUAAUGUCCUGAAAUCGCUUUUUCGGUGUUUGCAUUCGCCGGAAUACAUACCCUCGAAAAGAAAUACGCGCAGAUGACUGAAUCCAAAAAUGUAGUCUCGUUUGUAGACCGGUUAUACUAUUUAAAGAAGCUGAGUGUAGAUAAAACACAUGUGAUAAAUCUAAACAAAGACUCAAUCUGUUUGCGCAAAAGCAAAAGUGUGUGAAACUUAGCUCUCAACAUUGACUACGCACGGAAGCAUAAUGGAUAUGUCGGGUUCUAAUUCGCUAAACAUGAGACCACUGUUUAGCGGAUAUCCUUUUCAAGGUCAAGGACGUGUGAACCAGUUGGGGGGUGUGUUUAUCAAUGGACGACCGUUGCCAAACCACAUUCGGCUGAAAAUCGUCGAGAUGGCCGCAUCUGGGGUGAGGCCCUGCGUGAUUUCACGCCAACUGCGUGUUUCUCAUGGAUGUGUAUCGAAAAUCCUAAACCGCUACCAAGAAACCGGUUCAAUUCGUCCCGGCGUAAUAGGUGGCUCUAAACCAAAAGUAGCGACACCGGAAGUGGAAGCUAGAAUCGAAGAGAUGAAGAAGAUGAACCCAGGAAUUUUUAGCUGGGAAAUACGGGAAAAGUUGAUUAAGACGGCCGGCUCGGACGACCCCAGCGAUAAUAGACAUUCUGGUCAACUAGGACCUGAUGUGGGCUACCGGCAGGAAGGAGUAACGGAUCCCCCCAGCGUGUCUUCAAUAAGCCGACUUCUGAGAGGUGGCGGUGUAGAGCCAGGCCGGAAAGAUGACGAUGGUCGGAAGGAUUACAGCAUACACGGUAUUCUCGGAGGACGCGGAUCGGACUCGAGUGACACCGAAUCGGAACCGGGAAUACUACUGAAGCGGAAACAACGUCGAUCGAGGACCACCUUCACGGGUGAACAGCUGGAAGCAUUGGAGAAGGCCUUCCAGCGUACGCAGUAUCCGGAUGUGUACACGCGCGAAGAGUUAGCCUCCACCACCAACCUGACCGAAGCGCGCAUACAGGUAUGGUUUAGUAAUCGUCGUGCCCGGCUUCGCAAGCACGCUGGCGCACAAAUGUCCACCCCGCUCAGCAGUUUGGGCACUCUGCCAAUGUCACAGUAUCACCCUGGAGUUGCGUCCAACGAUUCGUACCAAAUGGCGGCAGCAGCUAACUAUGAGUUUGCUGCGCAAAAUCCCUCGUCCUUUUCCUCCGGUCAUUUCCAACAUGGCCACUUCGGAGGACAAAACUUUACGACCAACCACAUGGGCUUCCACCAAAACAAUCAAGAAUUCCUUCCUUCCGAAUACACCAAAAUGAUGAGCGAAGAGUAUAUUAAGCCGGCGCAUGAAAAUUCCAUCAAGUUGAGCCCUUCAACUACGCAGGCUGAGAACUACGUUAAAGUACCACCAGCGCUUCCGGCAGCAGCGCCCAUCGUCACGCAGGAAACCCCUUGGAGUCAGUCCUAUCCGCCCCAUCAUCCGGGUCAGGCGUACGCUACUAACUUGGUCGGCUGUCCACCACCGGUUACGACUGCUACUGCAGCAGAGUAUCAUUCGAUGCAACAGGCGGCAACCUCCUAUCCUAACAAAUACUGGUCCUGAUUGGUUUCUCGUGAUAUUAGGUACUCGCACGCUCGCAUUGCAAUACAUUAGAGAAUGUAUUAUCUGUCGUUAAAGCAUUAUUGUAUGACAAAAACCGUCAUUCGGCGCACCUCCUCAGUGUCAGAUCUUGAUGCUGUUUGAUAGACUGUAAACGAAGAUGUGUCUCUCUCGACGGGAGAAUCCCUUUGGUGCCCUGGCAAUAGUACACCUUAGCAUUCAAGUGUUGAUGUUCCGCUCUAGACUCUCUAGGAUAUAACUGAAUUUUAUAUUUAUUUUGCUUGUAGUAUACAAUUAUAGCAGAUAACAGCAAAUUUGGACAUCGCCGUGCUACUCUAAACCUUAAGAAUGCAUUAUGUACGAUAAGUUCUACAUUAUUUAACUGCAUAAGAACACAUUUCAUGAUACAAAACAUUGAUGAAUAAACCUUUUGUUCUGCACCUGCUACGUUAUGUAUUGUUCCAUUUAAUUUAUAUAAUAAUGUUGAAAAUCACCAUAAUAAUAAUUUCACGUAAAGUUUUCUGAAGUCCUGAGUUGUCGGCUUUUCUUCUUUUAGGGCAAGUUUGACAGCACUGAUAGGUGCUGUGCGACGUUUUCAACACUGAUCGCCUAAAAGUAUGCAAUUGGAAUACACCUACAGUGACUUGUACGUUGGAUCAGUGUUAGCAGGGUAACGCCCUUAGUUUUUUCGUUUUUUUUGGGAGACGCAUAUAUAAUCU